GCGGAAGUAGUUCCUCUUGUGGUAGCCUAGUUUCCGUUUCUGGGUCCCGUGCGCAGUGAGUGAGGUCGGUGUAGCGGCGGCCUCCUCCUGUGGGUGGCGGGUGCCAUGGCCGAGCUGGUGCAGGGACAGAGCGCGGCUCCCGUGGGGAUCAAGUCCGAGGGAUUCGCCGACGCGCUGCACCGGGUUCGGCAGAUAGCUGCUAAAAUCGAUGGCAUCCCACACUUGAAUAAUUCUGGCUCGCUCGUCGACCCAUCAGUAUAUGGUUACGGCGUGCAAAAAAGACCCCUCGACGAUGGAGUUGGUAACCAGUUAGGAGCCCUGGUACAUCAAAGAACUGUGAUGACAGAAGAAUUUAAAGUGCCUGACAAGAUGGUGGGAUUCAUAAUUGGUCGCGGUGGAGAGCAGAUCUCACGGAUCCAGACAGAAUCUGGUUGCAAGAUUCAAAUAGCGCCAGAUAGCGGUGGUUUGCCGGAGAGAUCCUGCGUCCUGACUGGUGCGCCGGAAAGCAUAGAACAUGCAAAGCGUCUUUUAGGACAGAUUGUCGAACGCUGUCGGAACGGGCCAGGCUUCCAUAACGACAUGGACGGAAACAACACAGUCCAGGAGAUCCUAAUUCCGGCUUCUAAAGUUGGUCUGGUAAUCGGCAAAGGAGGCGACACCAUUAAACAGUUGCAGGAGAGGACCGGCGUUAAAAUGAUUAUGAUCCAAGAUGGCCCAUUACCGACCGGGGCAGACAAGCCGCUUAGGAUCACAGGAGACCCUUUCAAAGUACAGCAAGCGAGAGACUUGGUUCUGGAGAUCAUACGAGAAAAGGACCAGAUCGACUUCAGGGGUGUCCGUAGUGACUUCAGCUCCAGGAUGGGUGGAUGCAACGUAGAGGUGCCUGUACCCCGGUUCGCUGUGGGAAUCGUAAUAGGGAGGAAUGGUGAAAUGAUCAAGAAGAUUCAGAAUGAUGCCGGAGUGAGGAUUCAGUUCAAGCCAGAUGACGGAAUUAGCCCCGAGCGAGUGGCGCAAGUAAUGGGCGCCCCAGACCGAUGUCAGCACGCUGCUCACAUAAUCAACGAGCUUAUUAUAACGGCACAGGAACGCGAUGGCUUCGGGAAUCUUGCGGUGGCUCGCGCGAGGGGACGCAGUCGCGGCGAUUGGAAUAUCGGUACGCCAGGCGGCAUGCAGGAGAUCACGUACACUGUGCCGGCGGACAAAUGCGGACUGGUAAUUGGCAAAGGCGGUGAAAAUAUCAAAAGCAUUAACCAGCAAUCCGGAGCCCACGUGGAGCUUCAGCGAAAUCCCCCUCCCAACACGGAUCCAAGCGUCCGGAUAUUCACCAUCCGAGGUGUCCCACAACAGAUCGAGCUGGCGAGGCAUCUCAUCGAUGAGAAAGUUGGGGGUACAGCAAUAGGGGCUCCGAGCAGUUUCGGGCAGAGUCCUUUUAGCCAGGCACAUGCGACACCUCAUCAGAAUGGUCCUCAGGCGUUUGUAACCCAGGGUUGGGGCAGCACUUACCAGGCGUGGCAACAGCCCGGCCAACAACUACCAGGUCAACAGAGCCAGCAGCAGAACGCUCAGCCGGAUUACAGCAAGGCAUGGGAGGAGUAUUACAAGAAGCAGAGCCAAGCUGCCAGCGCCCCCUCUCAGCCAAGCUCACAACCAGACUACACGAUGGCGUGGGCAGAGUAUUACAGACAACAGGCGGCUUACUACGGGCAGUCAUUGGGGCAAACUCAGACCCACAGCCAGGAGCAGUAGAACAAGUGUCCGGUCGACGGCAAGUUUUAUUUUUAAUUCCCAAUCCCCCUUUGGAAUCAUUGCAGAAAACGAACCUUAAUUUGUAACAGGUUUCUAGAUUUGCAGAACUUUUGAUGAAGACUCUGUUUGUAAAACACUAGUCAUAGGGUUAAAUCUUUACUGAACUUUGCUAAGAAUCAGGAUUCUAUAAUAUACUAAAGAUAUAAAUGUGCUGAGAGUAUUUUUUUUUUCCUCUUCUUUUUUGGGGGGUGUUUUGUUUGUUUUUUUUCUCUACCCUUGAAAAAAAAAGUGUUAACAUGUAUUCUUUUUGAACCAAGAAAUUUAGAAAUGCAUAUAUACAUAUAUAUUCCUCCACUGUGUAGCCUCUACCCCCUCCGGUGCUGAAAUUGCAACAUAUUUGUCUCACAUUUUUUUUUUUGUAACUUUUUUUGUCUCGACAAUACAGCUUUGGAGGUCUUAUGAAUGUUAAAACUUAUAAAAUUUUGAAAAACAAAGUGUACACAAACUCCUAUUUUUUUUUUAAAAAGAAAUGUGUAUUUAAAUAUUCUUAACUGUAAAUUCAUUAAAUGUUUUAAGUCUAAUUUUUCUUGAUAUUAUGACUGUAUUUGAUUUUAUUGCAUUUUUUUUUUUUAAAGAGAAUUAAUAUCCGUGUUAUCUGGUUCUGAAAUAUGUCAUUCUGAAUACCGAAUAUUUUGAAUAUGUUUUCUGAGACAAGUAUUGUGUGUAUGGGGGAAAAAAAAGGGGAGGGGGAGCAGUUUCAUAUUUUGUAGGCUUUGUAUAAUACCUAGGGUUUUGAAGGGUUAAUAUAAAAAAAAAAGAAAUUUGAUUGUUAACCCUUCUCCUGCCAGACUGAACUGUAUGCAUUGUAGAGCAAUGCAUGGCAAGGCUUUCUGGCAGCAAAGGGGUGAAUUUUUUUUAUCACUUAUUCUGUUGCCUGUGUAUAUCGGACAUCCAAGCUAUAAUAACAUGAAAAGAGAAAAUUUUGUGCUGUCGGAAAAUAUAAAUAUUAUUUUUUAAUAUGAAUAAAUCAACUGUUAGAAUCUUUAAUGCAAACACUGUGGAACACUUAACAGGUGAAAAAGUUUAAAAAAGAAUCGUAAUAACUUUUUUUUUAACUCCAGGGUUCGUGUUUUGGCUUUGAUCUUUAUUUUUUUUCUGUUUUUGCCGUUAUUUUUUUUCCUUAUUUUGAAUUUUGUUAGUAUUUUAUUAACUAAUUGUCAAAUUUACCAUAGUAAAUAAAACUAGUAUUAACCACAGUAUGUGCUAAAAAAAUUUUGAUUUAAUAAAAGGGAUAUGAUUUUGAAUGUUUGUAGUUUUUUUUUUUUUCUUGUACAGAUGGCUGUAUUUUUAAAAAGACAAAACAAAAUCCAAUCUAAUUUUUUUGCGUGUGCAUUUAAAAUUAAUCCAUGGGAAACAUUCCAUGUCUUAGUUUGUUUUUUGGGUGGGUGUUUAAGGGCUUUAACUAAUUUCUUUUUUGUUUGUUUUUUUUGCCUAAAGUUUAACUAUUAAAAAAAAAUUCACAAUUGAGCGAUAAUGAGUAUGUUACAGCAAGAUGUCUUAUCAUCUGAGAACUGCAUUUUACACUCUAUAUAAUAAAAAUGCCACAAGCUUCCUUGUGGAUAAAAAAUU